AUGUCUUCGGACCUCCGGAAGGUCGAGGACGUGGGAGUCCACCUGGACAGGGAGACCGCUCGUCUUGUGGACUGGGCAGAGCAUCCACCUCCUGUGUCACGGCCAUAUAGCUCGACGCUCGCCACCAGAACCUAUCGAGGAUUCACUGAUGAAGAUGACAAAGCCCUGGUCAGCUGGGUCGAGGCUGCAUCCGCGGCAGACGUGCCGCGCAACAAGAUGUACGAGGAGUAUUCGGCGCUGAAGCCAGAUCAUUCUGCACUAGCCUACGAGAGCCGGAUGCGCGUGCUGCAGCAGAGGGGCCUCGCACGUCCACCAACAGUUCCCGUGCGCCCCGAUCGACCUUUUCCAAACCUUGAUCAAGCGACAGCCACAGGACUCCCUGCGGAAUCGCGAAUGGCUCGUGCCAGCCCCCCUGAACAUUUUGACUACGCGGACUUCCGGAUGGACGUCGAUCAAAGCAUCAUCAAGCUGCUGGGCUUGACAGACCGAGCCGCGCUCGAAGCUCUACUGCGUCAACCUGGGCUGAUCACCGCCCUAAGAGAGCACGAAAGCGACUCCACGACGCCCCUCCAAAAGGCGAACUCGUCCCGGGAAUGCCUUGACCAGCACGAGGGCAGAGCUCCGCAUGCCUGGAAAAUCACGGCGGCAACACAGGCGAUCCGAACCAACAGCCCCCGAUACGUGGGCGCGUCGGUCGACAAAGCAGCCUGGACCGCCGACGACCACGAGAUCCGUUUCGUGGUCCGCGCUGCACUCGACGCCGCCGGCCAGGCUCCUCGAAGGCCACGCCCGCCGUUCGACGCGGACGGGUGGCUGGCACAAUGUACGGAAACCUUUUGGCUGUUCAAUUGGAUCCGGUUCAUCCACCGACCAAGCGGCGGCGAGAGCGACACGCAGUCGCGUCUACGACUCAAGAAACAGUAUUGGUUGUCCCACCUCUCUCGCUCUCUCCAGCGUGUUGACAGCGACGAUGUCUGCACGCCGUGGCACCUGGCAGGUUGCGGGCAACCUGACUCGCCCGAACCGGCCAUCGCAUCGGAUGAUCUCGGAACCGCGGACCUCGACCCGCCGACAGACACAAGCUCGCUGCGGCAGAUGGAACCUCCCCCUCGAACAUCGCCACCAGCGACACGUCGUCCGAUCCCGAGGUACUCCAUGCCGACCUCAAAAGACAAGAGACAGCAGAAGGGGAUUUCGUGGCUCACGCAGGAGAUUCGCGACGUGUUCGAGAGAAACCUGAGUCGGCGUCUGAGCGGGUGGGGAUUGAGGGCAGACCGGGUCAGCACCUGUGUCCUGGUCCCUGGAGAGUGGAAAAACACGGAGCCUCUCGAAAUUCUGCGGACCUUCACCCCAGAUCGAGCACCGGACAGCGAGCAGCCGGACCGGCGUCUGACGAUCUCUAUCGACGACGUGGAAGUCUCUUGUGCUCGAGCAGUCGCUUGGUUCCAGGAGGAGAGCUGGCCGCGGCGCGCCGUCGAACUGGACCAAUUUCUGGUUGCCCAGAGCAAGGACGCGCCCUGGGAAGAGAUGCAGGGCUCUCACCUUUGCCACCACGGCUGCUGCAUCAACCCUGCCCAUAUCGUCUGGGAACCGAAGGACAAGAACUUAAGCCGCAACGUUUGCAUCACCAGCGCCAGGCAUCUCCGUCGAUAUGGCCCCGUGCCAGGCUUGUGCGUCCAGCACGACCCUCCGUGUCUGCUCCAGCAUGCCUCCCUCACCACGCUCGAGAGCCUCUACAUUCAACUCUUCGUCCUGUCACGCGCCAACAACCUGCCGGUGGCAGGCUCUCGUGUGCAGCCGCCGGCGGGCCACCGGAUGCCGACCUUUGAGUCCCAACUCCCGCUGCAGAUGCCAUGCCGAGAUGGUGUCUGGAUCCGUCUCGACGAGCAGUCCCUCGUCGGGGGCCAGUCGCCCCGCUCGACAAGUCUCCCCAACCCGCCGUUCUCCGUAAAGUGUCGCUUCUGCAGCACUUUGAAACGAUGGGUCCAGGUGGACGCGUUCUGGUCACACAUUAAGAAUAAGCACGACGACGUCCCACACGAGCAGCGACUCGAAGAAAUUCGGCGUUCGGCGAUGCAAUACAAGCAGCACCCGGGGCAGGCCUCGAUGGAUUACAACACCAAACAACGGGUCGAUCAGGCGCUGGCCUCGUCCUUCUCCUGGGAAGUGGUGAGCAAUUGGCAUCUGGCGAGAGACACUGUCAAGACGAAGAGAUAG